AUGAAUAAGAGACAUCAAUGCAGGCUGAGGCCGCCCCGAGCGCUCCCGGCCCUCGGCCAGCGUCGUAGUCUCGUUGGCUUUCAGCGACGAGGCACAGCCUCACUGCCACCUUUUAACCGAAAGAGCGGGCGAAGGCGCCGACCAGAGCCCGGGGCUGCCCGGGGCAGCCCCUUCUCUCCGCGGCCCGGCCGGCCAGAGCCCGGGGCUGCCCGGGGCAGCCCCUUCUCUCCGCGGCCCGGCCGGCCAGAGCCCGGGGCUGCCCGGGGCAGCCCCUUCUCUCCGCGGCCCGGCCGGCCAGAGCCCGGGGCUGCCCGGGGCAGCCCCUUCUCUCCGCGGCCCGGCCGGCCAGAGCCCGGGGCUGCCCGGGGCAGCCCCUUCUCUCCGCGGCCCGGCCGGCCAGAGCCCGGGGCUGCCCGGAGCCCGGGGCAGCCCCUUCUCUCCGCGGCCCGGCCGGCCAGAGCCCGGGGCUGCCCGGAGCCCGGGGCAGCCCCUUCUCUCCGCGGCCCGGCCGGCCAGAGCCCGGUGCUGCCCGGGGCAGCCCCCUCUCCGCGGCCCGGCCGGCCAGAGCCCGGGGCUGCCCGGAGCCCGGGGCUGCCCCUUCUCUCCGCGGCCCGGACGGCCAGAGCCCGGGGCUGCCCGGGGCAGCCCCUCUCCGCGGCCCGGCCGGCCAGAGCCCGGGGCUGCCCGGGGCAGCCCCCUCUCCGCGGCCCGGCCGGCCAGAGCCCGGGGCUGCCCGGGGCAGCCCCCUCUCCGCGGCCCGGCCGGCCAGAGCCCGGGGCUGCCCGGGGCAGCCCCGUCUCUCCGCGGCCCGGCCGGCCAGAGCCCGGGGCUGCCCGGAGCCCGGGGCAGCCCCUUCUCUCCGCGGCCCGGCCGGCCAGAGCCCGGGGCUGCCCGGGGCAGCCCCCUCUCCGCGGCCCGGCCGGCCAGAGCCCGGGGCUGCCCGGGGCAGCCCCUUCUCUCCGCGGCCCGGCCGGCCAGAGCCCGGGGCUGCCCGGGGCAGCCCCUUCUCUCCGCGGCCCGGCCGGCCAGAGCCCGGGGCUGCCCGGGGCAGCCCCUUCUCUCCGCGGCCCGGCCGGCCAGAGCCCGGGGCUGCCCGGGGCAGCCCCUUCUCUCCGCGGCCCGGCCGGCCAGAGCCCGGGGCUGCCCGGGGCAGCCCCUUCUCUCCGCGGCCCGGCCGGCCAGAGCCCGGGGCUGCCCGGAGCCCGGGGCAGCCCCUUCUCUCCGCGGCCCGGCCGGCCAGAGCCCGGUGCUGCCCGGGGCAGCCCCCUCUCCGCGGCCCGGCCGGCCAGAGCCCGGGGCUGCCCGGAGCCCGGGGCUGCCCGGAGCCCGGGGCUGCCCCUUCUCUCCGCGGCCCGGCCGGCCAGAGCCCGGGGCUGCCCGGGGCAGCCCCCUCUCCGCGGCCCGGCCGGCCAGAGCCCGGGGCUGCCCGGGGCAGCCCCUUCUCUCCGCGGCCCGGCCGGCCAGAGCCCGGGGCUGCCCGGGGCAGCCCCUUCUCUCCGCGGCCCGGCCGGCCAGAGCCCGGGGCUGCCCGGAGCCCGGGGCUGCCCCUUCUUUCCGGCCGGCCGGGUCGGCCAGAGCCCGGAGCUGCCCGGAGCCCGGAGCAGCCCCUUCUCUCCGCGGCCCGGCCGGCCAGAGCCCGCAGCUGCCCGGAGCCCGGGGCAGCCCCUUCUCUCCGCGGCCCGGCCGGCCAGAGCCCGGGGCUGCCCGGAGCCCGGGGCAGCCCCUUCUCUCCGCGGCCCGGACGGCCAAAGCCCGGAGCUGCCUGGAGCAGCCCCUUCUCUCCGCGGCCCGGCCGGCCAGAGCCCGCAGCUGCCCGGAGCCCGGGGCAGCCCCUUCUUUCCGGCCGGCCGGGUCGGCCAGAGCCCGGAGCUGCCCGGAGCCCGGGGGAGCCCCCUCUCCGCGGCCCGGCCGGCCAGAGCCCGGGGCUGCCCGGGGCAGCUCCUUCUCUCCGGCCGGGCCGGCCAGAGCCCGGGGCUGCCCGGGGCAGCUCCUUCUCUCCGCGGCCCGGCCGGCCAGAGCCCGGGGCUGCCCGGGGCAGCCCCUUCUCUCCGCGACCCGGCCGGCCAGAGCCCGGGGCUGCCCGGGGCAGCCCCUUCUCUCCGCGGCCCGGCCGGCCAGAGCCCGGGGCUGCCCGGGGCAGCCCCUUCUCUCCGCGGCCCGGCCGGCCAGAGCCCGGAGCUGCCCGGGGCAGCCCCCUCUCCGCGGCCCGGACGGCCAAAGCCCGGAGCUGCCCGGAGCAGCCCCUUCUCUCCGCGGCCCGGCCGGCCAGAGCCCACAGCUGCCCGGAGCCCGGGGCAGCCCCUUCUUUCCGGCCGGCCGGGUCGGCCAGAGCCCGGAGCUGCCCAGAGCCCGGGGGAGCCCCCUCUCCGCGGCCCGGCCGGCCAGAGCCCACAGCUGCCCGGAGCAGCUCCUUCUCUCCGGCCGGGCCGGCCAGAGCCCGGAGCAGCCCCCUCUCCGCGGCCCGGCCGGCCAGAGCCCGGAGCAGCCCGGAGCAGCCCCUUCUUUCCGGCCGGCCGGGUCAGCCAGAGCCCGGAGCUGCCCGGAGUCCGGGGCAGCCCCCUCUCCGCGGCCCGGCCGGCCAGAGCCCGGAGCUGCCCGGAGCCCGGAGCAGCUCCUUCUCUCCGGCCGGCCGGGUCGGUCAGAGCCCGGAGCUGCCCGAAGCCCGGGGCUGCUCCUUCUCUCCGGCCGGCCGCGCCGGCCAGAGCCCGGAGCUGCCCGGAGCCCGCGGCGGCCCCCUCGCCGCGGCCGGGCCGGCCAGAGCCCGGAGCGGCCGGAGCCCGCGGCGGCCCCCUCGCCGCGGCCGGGCCGGCCAGAGCCCGGAGCGGCCGGAGCCCGCGGCGGCCCCCUCGCCGCGGCCGGGCCGGCCAGAGCCCGGAGCGGCCGGAGCCCGCGGCGGCCCCCUCGCCGCGGCCGGGCCGGCCAGAGCCCGGAGCGGCCGGAGCCCGCGGCGGCCCCCUCGCCGCGGCCGGGCCGGCCAGAGCCCGGAGCGGCCGGAGCCCGCGGCGGCCCCCUCGCCGCGGCCGGGCCGGGCCUCACCCCACCCAGGGGAACCAAGGGUUACCUCCACAUAGAAAAAGACUCCAGUCUCUCCCCGUGACAGUCCCCUCGCUUACUGCGGUACUGGGUUUUCAAGAGCAGAGCCCGGCUCGCAAAGCUACUUACAGGCUAGAUCCGUGCCGCUCCGCGCAUGAUCGAAUGACCACAAACCGGGAGGCUAACUGGGACCGGAGGCGCUGUUAA